AUGUUCUCCGAGUAUGCCUCGCGGUUCCUCCAGCAGUCCAACGCCCGACUAUCACUCAAUCAAGAUGACCAGCGAAAUCGCUCUCGAAACCCCCCAGACCGACGGCGACAACCCAUGAGCAACUCCCGUUACGUCCAACGACCUGGCAUGCCAAAUCACCCGUACCACCAAGGCCCUUCUGCGUCGCAGUCACGCUUUCCCUUCGCUUCCCGCCUGUCGCGACAAGAUCCUCAGGCGCCACUGUUCUUUAGUGCGACGGAUGACUUCGAAGAGGAGGAUGCGAAUGACCAACAUGAGAGGGAAGUUAACGACAUGUAUGCGCUCCAGCGGAGCAGGCAACGUUUUGGGCCCAGCAAUCUGACAGAGAGCUCGGAAUUGGAAGAUGAUGGAGUUGACGGGCUGGAAGAGACGCAAAGGGGUCAGAAUCGCAAUAGAGAACACAGCAUGCCACGAGGGAGGAUAGGCGCUCCAUACCCACCAUCGUCUCGAGCUGGGAGCAUGCCCGAGUCGGAGAUGAGCCGACCUAGUUCUAAGGGAAAGGGCAGGCUUGUCGACGUCAACCUGAACAGCACCAUCCACGAGGAGCCACCCGAGUCUUUGGCCAACCUUUCGCCAUCGAUCGACCCAGACUCGCCUCCUCCUGCGUUCCGGCCCUUCAAGCAGCACGUCAAGUCAAGUCGAUUGAGCAGCUUUCUGCCUCUGGAAACAGACGAAGAGACAAACAUGCUACAUCCAAGGCCACCCUCCACAGACCGAGCAGAGAGCGUGCCACCGACAGUGAUCCUGCCCACGCAAGAGCCGCCGAAGCACGAUGCUUUCUGGGGCAAUAUCUUCAUGAUAUCACUGUUCACGAUGGUCGCAGCCUUCAUUGUGAUCUGGUUCCAGACAGCAGCACCGUCCAGCAAGCAGCCACUCGGGGACACCAUCUAUUCGGUGCUGAAGUCGAAUUCGAACAUGCUGGUGUGGGAUACACUGAUCGCUGUGGUCGUGGCUCUGAUCUGGCUUUCCCUGCUGCGGAACUAUGUUCGCGUCCUGGUCUUCGGCAUGCUCGUGGCGAUGCCAGUCAUCCUCGUCUCGUUCUCCAUAUACCCACUGGUGAGCAGCUUUCAGGGCUCCUGGCACGGAGCUUCCAUCCAGGAUCGAGCAAUGCGUUGCUUCUCGUUCGUUCCAGCUUUGAUGGCGCUUCUCUGGACCUGGAGUGUCGUUAAGAAUAGGCACAGUCUCGCGAAGGCUAUCAGUAUUCUUGAGUUCAGCACCAAGAUCAUCGCCUCGAGCCCGUAUCUCCUCACUCUGGGCUUCGUCUCGUUGGCAAGCAUUGUGGUGUUCACCUGGUCAUGGACACUCAUGUUUGAACGCGUGUUCCUGUCAGGCCGCUGGGUGGGCGCAAGCAAGUUCGUCCUCUAUGCUAAUAGCUGGUGGCUCGGAGCUUUCUUCGUCCUACAAUACCUGUGGACCUUGGGCGUGCUUGCCGGUAUACAGCGUGCAACUACUGCAGCCACCGUGAGCCAAUGGUACUUUCACCGACUGGCAGUUCCACAGCCGACAAAUCGCGAGGUUGUGCAGGCGAGCUUUAAUCACGCGACAGGAGCUCUUUUCGGCACAGUAUGCUUAAGCACAUUCCUCAGUCUGCUGGUUCGACUUCCGCUCAUCAUCCUCCCGGGUCGACUCUCUGGACUGCUGAAUAUGUGUGCAUACUGGAUCAUCCCUACCAGUUUGGCCACGCUCACGAACCCACUGACGCUCACUCACGCCGCAAUCCACAGCCAACCACUUGGAAUCGCGGCACGUGGACUUGCACAGCUCAACUUUGUUAGCCGGACGAAUCCCAGCAACACUCUUGGACCACGCAACUUCAACCCUGCCUCGCCUAAUGGAAGCAUUCUGUUGCCGUACAAGCUAUCAAAGCUGUUGCUGCAAGCAACUCGAUAUAUCAUGUCAUUCGCACUCGGUUUCAGCUCAUGGGUUCGCGCUGCACAUAGCAUCAAGCUUGAGGGCACAGCUGGGAUCCGUGGCAGCCUGUACGCCUACAUUGUAGGCAUGGUGGCUGCCUCUAUCGGCUUUGCAGUCCUGGGAUCGAUAGAGAACGUUGUAGGUGCAACGGUGGAUGCAGCAGUGAUCUGCUGGGCGAGCGAGUCUGCAGGAGGCAGAGGAGAGGCUAAGUUCUGCCGUGAAGCCGGCGAGCUUUUCGGCGAUGACGAGCCAAGAGGUGGACGAGUCAGCAUGGCAUGA